AACCAUAAACUGCACUGUAGUAACUGCUGUAUUUAUCCUCCUGAUCAACAGCCAUUUGCAAAUUUUUAAUCUCACUUCCCUAAGUGACGGCUGUAAGACAGAACUCUGCUUGUGUACGGGCAGCUUUCAUUACAGAGGAAGUGGAGAACCCCCUCUUUUCUGCUACCUGUUUUGGGCACCUAUCAACUACCAAUUGAAAAGCAACUCGGAGUCAGUUUCUGUUCAUGAGUAUCCUCCUAAACUGAAACAUAACAAGGUACAAUAAUGGAACUGCUGCAAGUAAACUAGAGAAACAUUUUGAGAUCAUUAGAAUCCUUGUCACAGGAAGAUGGAGAAUCCACUGUUUUUAUUUCCCCAUCUAAAUAUUUCCUCUUUGAAGGAGAAGACCUAUUGUAAAGUUAUGAAAUCCACAAAUAAAGAGGAGACAAACAAAGAAAUCAAGACCAGGUCUAAGGAAAAAAGAAAUAGGCUGAGCCUUCUCCUGCAAAAGGCUGAAUUCCAUGAAAGUGUCAGUCUUGAGAAAUUUGAGAACUUGACAAAAACUUCAAGUGUGCCCCCUGAAGAAGCGGUGAGAUGGGGUGAAUCCUUUGACAAACUGCUUUCCCAGAAAGCCGGACUGGAUGCCUUUACAAGGUUUCUGAAAACUGAGUUCAGCGAGGAAAAUAUUGAGUUUUGGACAGCCUGUGAGAAUUAUAAGAAGAACAAAACAUCUCAUCAACUUCUUCCUAAAGCCAAGACAAUUUAUGAGACAUUCAUAAGAAAAGAUGCUCCAAAAGAGGUUAAUCUUGACUUCCACACGAAAGAAGUCACUGCUCAGAACAUUACUCACCCUACACUGGACAGCUUUGAUGCAGCACAGGCCAAAGUCUACAGGCUGAUGGAACAAGACAGUUACCCCCGCUUCCUGAGAUCUGACAUGUAUUUAGACCUGAUUAAGGGAAGGGAGCAGUCUGGCCAUCCUGCUCUUAGAAGGCGAUCACGCUCUUUUACCUUCAGUGAGUUCCAAGAUGUGCAAUCAGACUUUACCAUUUGGUUAUAAAAAAAUUUAACCUCCUUGGAUUCUAACUAAUGUAGCAAAGUAUAAUACACAGCAUCCUAAACACAAACCUUCAGCUGGUGCAAAUGGACAUAGAUCCAUUGGCUUCAAUGGUGUUACAUCUAUUUACCCCACUGAAGGACCUGGCUCAGAAAGCUGUAGUCAGUGAUUAAUUUAACUUAUUGUAAAGAGAUAUGCAGCAUAUUGGCAAGAUGUGUUAGAUGUAAUGUAUUCAGACAAGAUAUUAUGCCUUUUAAACUCAACUACGAGAACGUACGAAUUCUUUCCACAAAAUCAUAUCUAACAGUGAGAACUUUAAACUUUAUCUAAAAAUAUUAUUUUAAAAAAUUCAUCCUCUCUCCUGGGUCCAUCGUAUUUAGAAAACAUAAUGUUGUCACCAUCAAAGUCUUUACACUUAUCGUUUGCACAUAAUUAAUGUUACUGCAAUAGUUCCUACACUAAGCACAGGUUUUUGUACCACAAGCACACAGGAACAUUAAUUAAGUAAAAGGAAAAAUGUGAUGAUUUUUAACUACAUAUGAUUUUUAACUAUAUAACUGAAGAAUUUUAACUACUGCAUAUUUUAAUAGAAAAAUGCCUAUUUAAUUAAUUUUAUAGUACUACAUUUUACGGUAUUUUCUUAUUCCAUUUAUCUGUUCUCUCUAUUUAAAUUAAGCUGUAUAGUUUAGUCUUUGCACUCAAAUAUUUGUAUUAUAUUAUUUGCAGCUAAAUGAACAGCAAUAAAGGGACAAGACUAAGCAAUUUAGUACGUCUUUAUGUCAUUAAAUACCAAGUGGAAUGAA